AUGGCGGCGCGGCCGUGGCCGCUGGCGCUGCUGCUGCUGCCGCUGCUCCGGCCGGGGCCGGGCCCGGGGGGCUGCGGGGGCUCCGGGGGGCUCCGGGGCUUCGGGCCCGGCCCCGCCGCCGCCUACUUCGCCGAGGAGCGCUGGAACCCCGAGUCGCCGCUGCGGCCGCCGCGCGUGGCCGUGGCGCUGCUGGCGCGGAACGCGGCCCAUGCGCUGCCCCUCGUGCUGGGCGGGCUCGAGAGGCUGCGGCACCCCAAGGACAGGAUGGCGCUCUGGGUGGCCGUGGAUCACAGCGUGGACAACACCUCGGCCCUGCUGCAGGAGUGGCUGGGCAGGGUCGGGGGGCUCUACCACAGGGUGGACUGGAGGCACCAGGAGGAGCCACGGUCGUACCCCGACGAGGAGGGUCCCAAACAUUGGAGCCCCUCCCGCUACGAGCACGUGAUGAGGCUGCGCCAGGAGGCCCUCGAGGCUGCCCGGGCCAUGUGGGCCGACUACCUGCUGUUCCUGGACGCUGACAACGUGCUGACGAACCCCGACACGCUGGGGGUGCUGAUGGCCGAGAACAGGACCGUGGUGGCCCCGAUGCUCGACUCCCGCGCCGCCUACUCCAACUUCUGGUGCGGAAUGACCCCCCAGGGCUAUUACCGCCGUACCCCGUCGUACCUGCCGGUGCGGCGGCGGGAGCGGCGCGGGUGCUUCGCGGUGCCGAUGGUUCACUCCACGGUGCUGCUGGACCUGCGCCGGCAGCGCUCGGGGGGUCUCGCCUUCCACUCCCCCGGCCACGGCGGCUUCGACGACAUCAUCGUGUUCGCUGCGCGGCGGCACGCCGGGGUGCAGAUGUUCGUCAGUAACCGGGAGGUGUUCGGGUUCCUGCCGGUCCCGCUGCGCUCCCAGAGCUCCCUGCGGGACGAGGCCGAGAACUUCCUGCACGUCCAGCUGGAGAUCAUGGUGAAGUUCCCCCCGGCCGAGCCCUCCCCCCAUGUGUGGGUGCCCCCCAAGGUCCUCGACAAGCUGGGCUUUGACGAGGUGUUCCUGAUCAACCUGCGGCGCCGCUCGGACCGGCGGGCACGGAUGCUGCGGGAGCUGCAGGAAUUGGGGAUCCCAUCCCCAUUCCCUUCCCAUUCCCAUCCCAUCCCCAUUCCCAGGUGUUCCUGAUCAAUCUGCAGUGCUGAUUCCCAUCCCCAUUCCCAUCCCAAUCCCAUUCCCAGGUGUUCCUGAUUUCCCAAUC